CGAUGCAGGGGCUCGCGGGGUCCCGGUCGGCGGCUGCGGAGGUGUAUGGCGGGCAGUAUGAGCUCGCGGUGGAGAAGGCCGAGGAGAUCUUCUUCUCGGUUGCUACUCAGGUAGGGAGAUACGUUAUCACUAUGAUGAGCAGUGGUGUUGUACUAGCAGUUGGAUUUCAGUUAUCAGGUGGAGACAGCCAAACGGAUGCACUAAUUUGGUAUAGCUGGCUUGGUGGAGUAAUUAUCGGCACAAUGCUAGGUGCAAACAGUGUCCUAGAGGAACAUUGUAAAGCUGGACCUCGCAACGUUGUCAUAACGGGAAGCACAAGAGGGUUAGGAAAAGCACUUGCUCGGGAGUUUCUUCUUUCUGGAGAUCAUGUUGUAAUUGCUUCCCGCAGCCCUGAAUCAGUUCUUCAGACCAUCAAUGAGCUUGAAGAGAACAUACAGGAGGGCCUGUCAGUUGCCAAGAAGAAACAAAGAGAAACUUUAUUACAAGCUAAGGUUGUUGGUACAUCUUGUGAUGUAUGCAAACCAGAAGACGUAAAAAAGCUUGUAAAUUUUGCUGUUGGUGAACUGGGUUCAAUUGACAUUUGGAUAAAUAAUGCUGGCACAAACAAAGGUUUUAGGCCACUGGUAAAUUUUUCAGAUGAAGAUAUUACCCAGAUCGUCUCAACAAACCUAGUUGGUUCUUUGCUCUGCACCAGAGAAGCUAUGGAUGUCAUGCAAUACCAAGAGAAGGGAGGUCAUGUAUUCAACAUGGAUGGAGCAGGAUCUGGAGGAUCAAGCACACCGUUGACAGCUGUUUAUGGCUCAACUAAGUGUGGACUAAGGCAGUUCCAAGCAUCGCUUAUGAAGGAAAGCAGAAGAUCAAAAGUUGGAGUACACACCGCGUCUCCUGGAAUGGUCCUUACAGAUCUCCUUCUAAGUGGUUCAUCUCUCCAAAAUAAACAGAUGUUCAAUAUAAUAUGCGAGCUUCCAGAAACAGUAGCAAGGACAUUGGUCCCAAGAAUGCGAGUUGUGAAAGGAAGUGGAAAGGCAGUAAACUACUUGACACCACCAAGAAUCUUGCUUGCCUUGGUUACUGCAUGGGUUCGCCGAGGCCGAUGGUUUGAUGAAGAGGGGAGAGCAGUAUAUGCAGCCGAGGCUGAUAGAAUUCGCAAUUGGGCUGAAAGUCGAACACGCUUCUCCUUCACAGAUGCCAUGGAGAUGUACACAGAGAAUACAUGGGUUUCUGUUUUCUCACUCUCGGUCGUCUGUGCAUUCAUAAUGCUUUCCAGUUCAGGCGGACCUUUCCCUGGCACAUAAUCCCUGGAGUCGCCAAACCAGACAAUUCUUUUUUCACUACUGGGAUUCUAUCAUCCAAUGACAUAUGUUGCGAAGGAGGCAAAGGUGAUCCCAGACGCGUAAUUACACGCAAAUAGGAUCAUCAUCAGCCGCCUUACCAUUUAAGGAUAAGCUAACCGAGCCCUCAUCAGAUUAAGAAAAGGGUAAAUAGCAUUUGUUAUGUGGGCAUUCCACUUACUGUAAGCUAGUGUGUGAAGCUGUCUUGUAAGAACAUGUGUCUGAAGUAACCAGAGCACGGAAAGAGUCGAGUAAGUCGACAGGCUUUGGUCGUCUCUUGUACAUGGAUGUAGUAGUUAUGAUCCUUAUGAACUCAUGGUUCAUCAGUGUAAAGUUCAGGAUAUGUAUGUCCCUGUUCUUGUAGAUUUAUACAUAUCGUUGUAUAGAAAGAAAGCAAGACUCGGAAACGUGAACUAAAGAAGUGGAUCUUUGUACACAUGGAGUAAA